UAACAAUUUCAUUGAUUGACUGGGUUCUUAAGGACUUGACAAAAUUUGUAGGAAAUGAAAGCUCAUUAUCUUUUUUUUCGGACAUAGGAACCUUUGAUUAUAUUUGAUUAUAUAUAGAAGCGGUUAUACUUUUAUUUGCAAUAUAUUCAAAAUUGAAUAAGGAAAGGCUGCCCUCCCCAAUGUUGGAACUCGUGGUAUUAUUUCUCCUUAGUUCUGUUUCCUUUUUCGUGGCCCAUCUGGAAAAACCAAAGUCCUUUUCCGGCUACAAAGAUGCCACAUGUCCUAUUGUAAUGGGUAUACUCGCUGCUGGAUUGGUGUACAAAAAUCGGUAAGACGACAAGACUUUUUGAAAAAGAUGACUUUAUUUAUUUGCUGCGGAC